AAUAAUAAUAGUCGCAAGCACGGAUUUACAAAGUUAUGAAAAACGAAGAAACAACGCAUCUUCAGAAUUAAUUAGAACCCUAACAAAGUUUUGGUGAAUUUGAAUGGUACAAUUUUGAAAUUUCAAGUUUGGGUGAAUUUCACUAUCAUAAGAAACCAUUCCAGGUUAUAAGGGAGCAUAAAAGAGAUGAUCUACGCAGCAAUUGACACGUUCUAUCUCACGGAUGAGCAGUUAACGAAUUCACCGUCCAGAAAAGAUGGCAUAGAUGAAGCAACUGAAACCUCUCUUAGAAUCUAUGGCUGUGAUCUUAUCCAAGAAAGUGGUAUUUUGCUUAGAUUACCGCAAGCGGUCAUGGCUACCGGGCAGGUUCUGUUUCAUCGGUUCUAUUGCAAGAAGUCGUUUGCACGGUUCAAUGUCAAGAAAGUCGCCGCAAGCUGUGUUUGGUUGGCUUCAAAAUUAGAGGAAAACCCUAGAAAAGCCAGACAAGUUCUUAUUAUUUUUCACAGGAUGGAAUGCAGGAGGGAGAACUUGCCCGUCGAGUAUUUAGACUUCUAUUCAAAGAAAUACGUAAAUUUGAAAAUGGAGCUGAGCAGAACAGAGAGACAUAUUUUGAAAGAAAUGGGAUUUAUUUGUCAUGUUGAACAUCCUCACAAGUUUAUUUCAAAUUACCUUGCCACCCUUGAAACUCCUCCAGAAUUGAGGCAAGAAGCUUGGAAUCUGGCUAAUGAUAGUUUGCGCACUUCAUUGUGUGUUAGAUUUAAGAGUGAGAUUGUGGCCUGUGGAGUUGUAUAUGCUGCAGCUCGUAGGUUUCAAGUACCCCUUCCUGAGAACCCACCAUGGUGGAAGGCAUUUGAUGCAGAAAAGUCUGGGAUUGAUGAAGUCUGCAGGGUUUUGGCUCACCUCUAUAGUCUUCCCAAGGCACAAUAUAUACCAGUUUGCAAGGACGAGGACUCAUUUACAUUCUCCAACAAAUCAUUGGAAUCAAAGGCGAUGGAUGUUCCACAAAGUAGCUCCCCAACGAAUGCUGAGACGCCAGCCCUAAAGGGAGCUCUCGAAGAAGCUAAUAUUGACUUGAGUAGCAGCAAGGGUGCUUUGGUAAAGCAAACCAGUGAUAAGCUGAACGAUGCUAGGAAGUCUGAUGACGAAUCCAAAGGCACGGCUGCUGAGAGAGAUGUAAAAGAUGAACUCACAUUCAAAUCCAAAUCCGAUCGUAGAGUGGAGGCCUCUGGAGACUUACGCAGGGACCUGGACAGAAUAAAAUCAAGGGGUCGUGGUCGAGGAAGGGAUUCUGAUAAUGAACGUGAGCGAGAGGAAGCUGAGAGGUUCAAACUCAAGGAUCAUGGUCAUCAUUCUAGGCAGAGAGCAAGGGAUUCAGUAUUUGUACUGGAUGCAGGACAUUCAGAGAAGUCAAAACGCCACUCGUCGCAUGACCGUGACUACUACAGUUCCUCUUACUCGUCAAGAGAGAAGGAUCGGCGUAGACAUCAUUGACGUAACUUAGAAGAGCUAAGGUGUGCCCCACGGCAUAUCCGUGGAUGCUUGUCUAAGUCAGUUGAUCAAACAUUGUACAGCUCUUGAUUCAACGAUAUAUUCUCAAAUAGCUUAUGCUCGUCAGGGUCGAACUUGUUAAAGAUAUAAACCCAAACUUUGAUCUAAUGCUUAAUAUUCUGCAAUAUGUGUGCCUGUUAUAUUCUGCAAUAUCUAAUCUCCUUUUAGUACUUUUCUUGAUUUAUCAAAAGAAAAUAUUUUAGGUGUAAGAAUUUUGGAAAAAUAUAGCACACUUCCUUUAAUUAAAUCAGUAUAAUCUGAAGUUUGUUUCUUUUA